UUUAUCUCCAGGUCUUGUCUUGAGUCAACGACUAAAACAAACAGUCCAUGUCUCUGGUUUCACUUUAGAAUUUUCCCACGGACGCGCUUUGUUUUAAAAACGGUGAAACAGAUCCAUUGUGGCUCACACAACAAGUGGUUACAUUGGGGAAAACAGAAUAGGCAGGCUCUGUCAGUCAGAGCACGCAUAUUAUCUCUUUUUGUUUUAAAUAGUCUUUCAUUUUUAUGACUUUCAAUCAAUCAAGGACUCAAGAAAAAAAGGCACUGUGACUUUUGAGAGAGAAAAUUAUUUAAGAAAUAACUUUGCUGGAGUACUGUGUGAACUUUCUCUUCAGAAAAUAUAACUUUUUCGAUACUCUGUCAAAACUCAGUGUCCAUGUAACUUAACUUAAACACCAGAUUCGCUAUUUAUUGGACAACAACGAGAUAUCUUGAUCAAAAUAACAAAGGCCGUUUGGAACAUCAAUAUCUGGAGAUUUAGAAUUUAUUUAUACUUAUUUGUAUGAAGUUAAUGAGGAAGGAGCUAUACAACACUGCUACCAAAGGAAGACAACACAGCUACAUAAGGAAGGAGACUACGGAUUUCAAAGCAACUGUGUCAGCCCCUGGAGUCUUCAGGCUAGGACCUGGGCUUUAAUCUACUUGUAUUCACAUCGUUCUGAGCUCUAGCUCAGUCAGUCUUCGACGUUUUGUCCAGAACACAGACUAUCGACACUGACAGAGGAACUUGGCGUGACUUGGAGUACCGUCUAUAUAGCAAUCAGCAAUUUUCCCGAAUCAUCGAUAGUCUGGCAUAUAUCACCCUGUGCGUCCUCAGAUCUGCAUUUCAUACGUGACCAGGACACUUUUUCUUCUACUCUUUCUAUAGAAAGUACGACAAGCCAUACAUUGCAUUCAUUGUACCCUUGGGUUUUAUACUGAAUUAAUUUUGUAUGCUGCAAAGAUCAUUUCUUUCAUUCCUGGAGACUACUAAUCAAACAGAGACUGAUGCAGUAGCCAAUGGUUGAAGAAAUUUUUACGACACCCAUUUGAUGACCAAAAAAAAAAACCCAAUUCCAUUUACAAUUUUACGGAAAGCAAUAACUCAGGCAUCCUUACUGCUAAGACCUUUGGCAUCUCAAGGAACUAACAUUUUCCACCGCCAACUACUGCCUUAUCAAAAACUCAUCUCAGUGUGUUCUACCAAAACCAAAUCCAGUUAUAGCCUAACCCUGAGCAGGCGUUUCUCGUAGAGCAAAAACUCAGUUUCUGACAGUCAAACUCAGCUCCGAAUCUUCCCAUCAGAACCACAAUUGAGACCAACAUGGAAGGCUACGUGUGUGGCCUCAGCGAAGGCUUCUUCGAGUUCUGCGGUUCUCACGGCUACUCCAUGGAGCCCAGCUACCCCUACAUGAGUGACGCCCACAUGUACACUGACUUCCCGGACUUCCAGAAUGACCCCUACUUGGACUCUCCAGAAUCUGACCAGGAGAACUGCGCUGGCUACUUCGAGCCGCGCCUGUCAGGUGUGGGAGACGGGGUGCCCAAGAAACACCAGCAGAGGAAGGCUGCCAACAUGCGGGAGAGGAGACGAAUGAAGUCCAUCAACGACGCCUUUGAGCAUCUCCGGAGACGGGUACCGGCAAACACCAACGCUGAUAGGAGGCUGUCCAAGGUCAGAUGGAGAGGACGGUGACAUGGGCAACGGCCAAACGGUCAUUGGUCACUCCUUGUCCUGGUCACGACGGAAGCCCGAAGUUAACGAGAGGUCAACGCUGACCGCCAAAAUCUGGAUGCCUGGCUCCCCGACCGACUCUGACCUCAUCAACCUGACCAGCUGUAGCCACGGUCUGGACCCAUCAUUUUCCUCUGUAACUGGUUGACCUGUGUAUCGACUGACUUGUGAACACAUUAGCUGCGGUUGCAGAAGCUGGACCAACGACGGUUAACCGAUUGUAGCCACAGUUCGCUAUACAGCUUAACUGGCAAUUCGUUUGCACCAGUUGUAGCCAAAAAUGGUACCAACUGCAGUUAACCAACUGUAGCCAUAGUUUGGAUUCAUCGUUCUCUCCUCUAAUUGACGUGAGAGAUAUAUGAACAUAAGCCGCGGUUGCACCAGUUGCAGCCAAAGAUGAACCAACUACAGUUAACAGACUCUAGCCACGGUUCACUAUACUUCUUUCUCUCCUAUAAAUGGCUUGAGGGGUAUGUAAACAUAAGAUCCAAUUGCACCGUCUGAGGCCAAAGAUGGACCAACUGCAGUUAAACGACUGUAGCCACGAUUUGCUAAGCACCUUUUUCUCGCCUAACUAGUAACUGGCUUGAGCGAUCUGUGAACCUAAGCCGCGGUUGCACGAAAUGUAGCCAGGGAUGGA